AUGGCCGCCGCUACCCAGACUCUGUCAGCUCCUCCGCCCGCUGCCGCGGCCGCCCCGAACCCCGGCAAGCGCAAGAGGCAACCCAAGGGCAAGAAGAAGAAGAAUAAGCUCGCGCGCUCCGACCAGGACGACUCCGUCCGCCGCCGCCGCAACAAGCCCAGCGCCAAGUUCCUCAAGCUGCUCCGGAAGCGGGCCCGCGACUACAACUCCGACGAUGAAGAGGAAAAAGAUGACGAUCAGCAGCAGGAGCACCCGCCGAAUCCCCGCCGCCGUGACGACGGCGACGAUGACGAGGCCCUCUCCCACUCCGAGCCGGAGGAGGACGAGGACGGGGAGGACGAAGAGGAGGGGGCCUCCAGCUCGGCCGUCACGAGGUUCGAGCAAGGCUGCAGGGCGUUCCGCGUCGCCUUCCUCAAGAUCAUGGCCAAGAAACUCCCCGACAAUCCCCUGGGUCCAAUCAUGUCAGCGCACAAGACAUUGGUGGCCGCCAAGUUAGCCGAGGAGGUGGAGGAGCACAAGCCCAAGGGGGAGGCUCGGAAGGAGAAGCGAGUGGCAGCAGAGAAGGGCCAUGUCAUACCUAAAGACCACUUGGACAGCAAAGAAAAGGAGCUCAUCAAGGUUGCAACCAAGGGGGUUGUCAGGCUUUUCAAUGCGGUGAGCAAGGCACAGAAGCCUCGGAAAGAUUUGAAUCCAUCAAGGACUAAAGAUGCCAAAGUUCUACAAAAAGAAAGAAAAAACACCUUCCUCGCGGAACUGGAGAUGCCAUCUCAUCAAGAUAAAAAGAGCAAGGCAUCUUCCAAUUUCUCCAAGCAUACUGGCAAAGAUGAAGAUGAACCAGCAUGGGCACCUCUUCGUGACACAUACAUGCUUGGUUCUAAAUUGAAGGACUGGGACAAAAUGAAGGAUUCUUCUGCGGCCAGUGAGGAAAAGAAGGUUCCUUUAAGUGACUCUUCUGAUGAGGAAUAG